AGCCCCUUCGAUUACAAACAUCUAACUUAUAAGUUCAAGGUGGAUCCUUUUGUUUUAAUAGUAGUGAUAUUUCCUGUCAAUCAAAACAAAACUCAUUGAUUUAAUAUCCCAAGGUAGCCGUUUAGAAGAUCCGCUUUUUAACCCCGUACCCGUAACCCCGACACCCCUUCCUAUAAACACGUCGUUUAGUCAAUUUUAAAAACUAUUCUGACGACUUAAACAUGGCCGAUCACCAAGAAGCAGAUAUCGACUCCAUUGUUGAUAGAUUAUUGGAGGUCAGAGGCUCCAGACCCGGUAAGCAAGUGACUUUGUUGGAGCAUGAAAUCAGAUACUUGUGUACCAAAGCAAGAGAAAUAUUCAUCCAGCAACCUAUAUUGUUAGAGUUGGAAGCUCCCAUUAAAAUUUGUGGUGAUAUCCAUGGUCAAUACUAUGACUUGUUAAGAUUAUUCGAAUACGGUGGUUUCCCUCCUGAAGCUAACUACUUGUUUUUGGGUGAUUAUGUUGACAGAGGUAAACAAAGUUUGGAAACCAUCUGUCUUUUGUUGGCCUAUAAGAUCAAAUACCCAGAGAAUUUCUUCAUAUUAAGAGGUAAUCAUGAGUGUGCUUCCAUUAACAGAAUCUAUGGUUUCUAUGAUGAGUGUAAGAGACGUUAUAAUAUCAAAUUAUGGAAGACCUUUACCGAUUGUUUCAAUUGUUUACCAAUUGCCGCUAUAAUUGAUGAGAAGAUUUUUACCAUGCAUGGAGGUUUAAGUCCAGACUUAAACACCAUGGAACAAAUCAGAAGAGUGAUGAGACCAACUGAUAUUCCUGAUGUUGGAUUAUUAUGUGAUUUAUUAUGGUCGGAUCCUGAUAAAGAUAUCACUGGAUGGUCCGAAAAUGAUAGAGGGGUUUCCUUUACUUUUGGUCCUGAUGUUGUAUCAAGAUUUUUGCAGAAGCAUGAUAUGGACUUGAUUUGUAGAGCUCAUCAAGUCGUUGAAGAUGGGUAUGAAUUUUUCUCCAAACGCCAAUUGGUUACAUUAUUCUCAGCUCCUAAUUAUUGUGGAGAAUUUGAUAAUGCCGGUGCAAUGAUGAGUGUGGAUGAAAGUUUAUUAUGUUCUUUCCAGAUAUUGAAGCCUGCUGAUAAGCAAUCCAAGUACCCUCCACAUCCAUUGAUGGGUAACAAUCCUCAAAGAAAGCAAAAAAGAGGUUCAAAGUGAAAGAGUUAAACUAAGAAAGCUGAUCCAAUCUUAACAGAAAUGAACCUUGAUAUUCAAAUCCCACUAAAGAACUCCCAGCAAAGUACCUCAACAAGUUAGCCCCAAUUUUCUUUUUUAGUGUACUUGAGUUUUGUUUUUGGCUAGGUUUUCUUUAUUACGAAACUCACUCUUUGUGGCCUACCUUUAUCUUCAGUUCAAUUUCUGUAACAAUUAAUAAUGAAUAUUUGUUGAUUUGAGAUUAUCUAACGAAUGUAGUAAGCGAAUUACUGCAAUAGCAUGUCUAGUUUUAUGCUUUAUAUAUUAUUAUAAGUCUUGAUGUU